AUGGAGGGAAAGGCAGUUUGGCAACAGUGGCACUACUUCUGGUCUGAUGUCGAGCCUGCCAUUCGCACUAGUGCAGGGGAUCGAGCUGAGCAAUCCACAGGCUUACGCACAUCAACCUGGCAGUGGCAUAAAAGUACCUAUUUCUCGUAA